GGGGAGUGGGCGGGGCUUCACAGGGUCUCGCGCGCCGGGGGCCCCACUUCCAGUCAGGGCGAGAUGAAUGAGGCGGAAGGCCUGCGGCAGAGGCGCCCUGCCCGCCCGGCAGUGGUCACCGAGGACAGCACGGCCCAGGAGGCCAAGAGCGGCAGUACCUACAGCAACAAAGUGUUCCGUGUCACUUUUAUGACUUUAGCUGUAUCUGUAAUUAUUCCUUUAUUUGGAGCAAUAAUCCUUCUGGAAUGUCCAAUAGACCCUCAACCUAUUAGUUUCAAGGAACCUCCUGUCCUCACUGGCCCACUAGAACCAAACUUUAAACUUCGACAAGCAGAAAGACUAUUUGAAAAUCAGCUUGUUGGACCAGAAUCCAUUGCCAAUAUUGGUGAUGUGCUGUUUACUGGUACUGCUGAUGGAAAAAUUUUGAAGAUAGAAAAUGGGGAAAUACACACAUUAGCCCGACUUGGCCAUGGUCCAUGUAGUGGCAGAGAAGACGAACCAACAUGUGGGAGACCUCUUGGUAUCCGUGUUGGCCCAAAGAACACACUAUUUGUGGCUGAUGCUUACUAUGGAAUCUUUGAAAUUAAUCCUGUGUCAGGUGAAGUGAUACCGCUUGUGUCUUCAAAGACUCCAAUUGAGGGGAAGAACCUGUCCUUCAUUAAUGACCUUACAUUGACUCGAGAUGGAAGGAAAAUCUAUUUUACUGACUCUAGCAGUAAAUGGCACAGAAAAGACUACUCCUUAUUAAUUAUGGAGGCAUCAGAUGAUGGACGAUUGCUUGAAUAUGACACGGUGACAAAGGAAGUGAAGGUCUUAAUGGGAGGACUCAGAUUUGCAAAUGGAGUGCAGCUUUCACCUUCUGAAGAUUUUGUGCUGGUGGCUGAAACAACCAUGGCAAGGAUACGAAGAUAUUAUGUGUCUGGCCUCAUGAAAGGUGGAGAAGACAUGUUUGUAGAAAAUAUGCCUGGCUUUCCUGACAACAUUCGUUUAAGCAGCUCUGGGGGUUAUUGGGUGGCUAUGUCAGCUAUUCGAGCCAACCCUGGAUUUUCUAUGAUGGAUUUCUUAUCUGAAAAACCAUGGAUUAAAAGAAUUAUAUUUAAGCUGCUUAGUCAAGAAACUGUGAUCAAAUUUGUGCCAAAGUACAGCCUUCUGGUAGAACUAAGUGAUACUGGGUCCUACCGAAGAAGCUUCCACGAUCCAAAUGGAAUGGUGACAUCGUACAUCAGCGAAGCACAUGAGCAUAAUGGACAUCUCUAUUUGGGCUCUUUCCGGUCUCCUUUUAUUUGUAGACUGAAUCUGGAGGAUGUUUAAAUCUCUGAGCCAAAAGCAACACCGGUGUUGUCUUGCAUUACUCUGGGGGGCAAAAGAGGAUGGAUGACAAAUUUGAGCCAAGGAAGAAGAAUGAAAGCACAGUCAGUCACAAGCACUGUAGCACUAUUACCUAGACAGAUCCAGAGGUUGAACGCUUAAUUUAAAAGCAUGCUAUACCUUAAAACCUGUGGACACAAUCCAUUAUUUUUGUGCAAUUAGCAUUUGAAUUGGCAGACCUUCUCUGGCCUUUUUACAUCUCUUCAAGGCAAACAAAAAUUGCUUCAUGAAACAGAAUUUUUAUGUUUACUAACAUGAUUUAGACGCUGCUUCCACUAUGGAAGGAUAUUGUACAUACAUAUACUUGAUUUGCUUUCAGGACAUCAAACUAUUACACUGGAAAUUGGUGAAAUCAAGUUGUUAAUCUUAGGUAUGUUGCAUGCAUUCAUUUCCAACUUGGGUCUUCCUAGGCAUGUUUUAAAAGCAUGCAUACUGGAACAUCUAUGUACUUAUAGAUGUAUUAAUAAACUGGAUUAUAUUACAAUUCCA